AUGAAUUCCUAACAAUAGAUAAUCAGUCUUAUCAAGAAAAACCUACUUAUUAGUUAUAGAAAUAGAGAGGUAUUCAUAGAAGUAUUGCUUCCGAUCAUUGUUUCCAUAAUGCUCACUUUCAGAGAGUACCUUUCCGAAAUGAAAUAGUUAAUGCCAUUGCUUUAUAGUUUGGCAACAGCCUCAACGCAGAGAUCAAUAUUGAUCAAGUUGGUGGAAGAGAAAAGUAAACGAUACAAGGAACUUCAGAAGAUUAUGGGCAUGUCUGAGAAGUCUUAUCUGAUAGGUUGGGUUCUGACUGGAUACAUUAGAGUCAUAAUAGCAGUAAUCAUUUUUGAAUUGUCUUGGUAUUUGAUGUUUCCUAUAUUUGGAAUAAGUUGGGAAGAAUAAUUUAAUGAGAGUUUUAUCUCCUUGACAUGGCCAUAUUUUCUAUUUUCAAUAGCAUCUAUGAAUCAAAUCUUCCUAUUUUCAAGUUUAUUUAAUGAAGUCAAAAUUGCAGGAGAAAUUUAAAGUUUUUUUUAAAUAGCUUGUGUCUUCUUUAUAUAUUUCACUUUUGUAGAAAGCGCAGCGAAUUCCUUCCCAUUCUACUUUUUCCUAAGCAUUUUCAGUCCCCAAUGCAGCAUAGCCUUUACUUAUGUUGCCUCUAUGAAACCUGGUGUUCCAGGGGAUAUUUUGUCAGCCAAUUUGUUUCCAUCAUUAUAGAUUAUGGAUAUAUACUCACCAACAUUUGAAGGAACACAAAUGGCUGCUUAAGCCGUUGUCUAUUUUCUCUUAUUUUUAUAUUGCGAAUAAGUAAUUCCAAAUGAAUAUGGAGUAGCCAAGGAACCUUUAUUCUUUUUAAAAAGAAAUAAAGUAUAAAUCAAAGAAAAUGAUUUAUUUGCUUAACUAACAACAGAUGAUAAUGAUGUAAGUUCUGCUAUUUAUCAUGAAGAAAUAAAGUAUUCUUCCCCUCCCAGUAUAAUAAUUAAGAAUUUAUAAAAAAGGUUUGGAACUCUCAAGGCUGUUGAUAAUAUCUCACUCUACCUAUAUGAGUCAGAAAUAUUCUGUUUGUUGGGACAUAAUGGUGCUGGAAAGACUACUGCUAUAAGCGUGUUGACUGGGAUGAUUUCAAAAACUUCAGGUUUGGUUAGCAUGUAUGGAAUGAACUUGGAUACUUAAUUACCUAAGAUAAGAUAGUCCUUAGGGCUUUGUACAUAGAAGGAUUGCUUAUAUGAGGAUUUAACAGUAGAGGAAAAUCUAGAAUAUAUAAGUUCUAUAAAGGGGAGAGUUGAUAAAUAAGAAAUACUUGAUAUUUUGAGGAAAACCGAUCUAAUUGGAGAGAGAUCUCUUGAGGUGAAAGUUCUAUCUGGAGGAUCAAAAAGGAAGUUGUCUUUAGGAAUGAGUUUAGUGGGAAAUUCAAAGAUCAUAUUUUUAGAUGAGCCUACUUCUGGAAUGGAUGCUUAUUCAAGAAGAUAAAUUUGGACUAUCCUAGAGAGAAUAAGAUAGGAUCAAAGAACCAUAAUAUUAACUACUCAUCAUCUUGAUGAGGCUGAAGUCUUGGCCAAUAGGAUAGGAAUUAUGUCGAAAGGAUAAUUAUUGGCUGUGGGUACAUCUAAUUUCAUUAAAAAGAAGUUUGGAGAAGGUUACAAUCUUAAAUUAACAUUUAAUGAUGUUGCUUUGAAAAAUUAAAUAUAUGAGAAAGUCAAUAAAUAUGUACCAGAGUGUUUUUUGGAAACUGAGCAUUCCAAUGAAAACUAAUACGUAUUUAAUAUUCCUUUUACUUCUAAAAAUUCUCUUGGAUAAUUGUUUUAGGAACUAGAAGAAAUGUCUGUCUAAAUUGGAUUAUCCAUGAAAACACUUGAAGAUGCUUUUGUCAAAAUAGGUAUGGAAGAAGAACAGGCUCAACUCUCUUUUAGGAGAAAGAGUGAGAUAUAAAUUGCAAAAUAAAGUUUAGGCAUUCCUGCCACUGAUGACGAUACUGAGAGAGAUAACUAGGAGUUUUAUUCUUACCCUGUUGAAGUUAAGGAGGAAGAGGUUGAAAAUGAUUUAAAAUCAAUACCUAAAUGUUUGUCUAAUGAUCCUUCGUAUUCCUUUUUCAGCUAAAUCAUGGCAAUUUUCUUAAGGAGAUACUAUACUGUAGUUAGAACUACCACUAAUUAUUUUUCAAUUAUCAUUCCUAUGAUUGCUUUUAUUAAUGGACUUGUUGUUGUUGCCUAUGUUAAAUUUUAAGAUGAAUAGUAUAAGGAAUUACCUGAUUAUGUUUUGGACCACUUUAAAAUCAAUCUCCUAGCAUCUUGUUGUGUGAUCGCAUUCUGUUUCAAUGCAACAAUUUAUAUCACUUAACCUGUCCUUGAAAAAGAAUACUAAUUGAAAUAAUCAUUACAUGGUAUGGGCUUAAGAAACUCUACCUAUUGGUUAGGAACAUUUUUAUUUGAUCUAAUAAUAUUCUUUUUAAAUUUGCUACUAUUUUUAAUAGUUUCAGCCUUACUAGACUUAAAUAUCGUUUUUGAUAAUAUUAUAAGAGCACUUUCAUGCUUUUUAUUAUUUGGACCAAGUUAAAUUUUAUUCGCAUAUAUAAUGGGAUUUGUAUUUAAUAAAUUGGAGAGUGCAUUGAAAUUGUUCACUAUCUUUUGUUUUUUUAUACUCUUCUGUUUACCCAAUAUCACAUUCGCCUUUGCUUUCUUCUUUUACAAAGAGUUUGAUAAACCUACAUUCCUUGAGAAUGUCCUUUAUGUUUUAGAGAUUUUGUUUUCGGUCAUAUCACCAUUUUAUGCUUUCUUCUCAGCUUAUUUGUUCACUGCCAAUAAUUAUGAUGACGUAGAAGCCUUUUUCGAAGCUCCCUAUCUAUUAACAACAACUGAAUAAUAUCUAUUAAUUAUGUUGGGAUAGAUUGCUGUUUUUGCUGGAGUCUUAUUCUUCCUAGAAAAUAAAAAGUCAUUAUUGAUCCACAAUCAUACGCAAUAAGAAAUCCAAGACAAUGUAGAAGAAGAAGUUUAAAAUGAAAGAGAUAGAGUUCUUAAACCUAAUAAUAAUGAUCCCAUUAAAUCUAAAUUCUUGGAAAAAUAAUAUAUUAAAGGCAAACCAACUUUGUAGUAACUUACAUUCAGUGUGAAAAAGGGUGAGAUUCUGGGAAUUAUUGGUCCAAAUGGAGCUGGUAAAUCUACUUUAAUUAAUAUUUUUUCUGGAAUUAACACUCCAACAGCUGGUCAGGCAUUGUUAAAUGAUAUUGAACCAAAAUAAUAGAUCAUGAGUGUUAUGUAACAUGUAGGAGUGUGUCCACAAUUUGAUUGUAUAUGGGAAAAUCUCACUCCUGUAGAGCAUCUUUAAUUAUUUGGUAGAAUCAAAGGAUUAUAAGGGAAAGAAUUGUAAACUGCUGUUGCAUAUUUCAUUAAAACUAUGCAAUUAGAUUUGUUUAUUAAGACAAAAGCUGGCUAAUUGAGUGGGGGUAACAAAAGAAAGCUGUGUGUUGCCGAUGCCUUAAUUGGAGGAAGUGAUAUUACCUUUUUUGAUGAACCUAGUACUGGAGUAGAUCCAAUUUCAAGAAGAUUUCUAUUUAAUACAUUAAAGAGAAAUAUUCAAUUAAGAGCUUGUUCAGCAAUUAUGACAACUCAUACCAUCGAAGAAGCUGAAAGUCUUAGUGAUAGAAUUGGAAUAUUGAUAGCUGGACAAUUCAAAUGUUUAGGCUCACCUUAGGAUUUAAGACAAAAACAUGGAAGCGGUUAUCAAAUCUAAAUUAAAUAUAUCAAUCCUUAAGUGACGAGUAGCAUUUAAAACUAAUUUCCUAAUGCUUAGUAAUUAGAUGAAAGGAGGGAAGGCUAUUUAAUGUACUCAGUCCCAAAAGAAGGAUUUAGUUUUUAUAAAUCAUUCAACUUCUUUUAGAGGUAACAAUAGGAAGGCAAUAUUGAAGAUUUCUAAAUUGAGGAAAACUCUUUGGAAUAAGUGUUUAUUCAUUUUAGUAAAAUUCAAUAGGAAAUAAAUGAGAAGGAGGGCAUUGCCUUUGAUUGA